AUGGGAAUUAUCACACAACACGACGAGGGCGGGAAUGAAUCGGCGACUGAGCAUGAUGUUGAGAUGACAAGACCAAAAGAACAGGAUACCGAUGAUUGGGAUACAAGUCUUGAGAAUCCCUACAACUGGCCUGCUUGGAAAAAGGCUUUGCAGGUGGUGAUGCUCUCCUCUUCAGCUAUACUCGCAUCAAUCGGAACAUCCAUCAUGAGUCCAGCCCGCAACGGCCUCAUGGCCGAAUUCAACGUCAGCUCAACGGUCGCGCUCCUCCCCCUGACAAUGUACGUCCUUGCCCUAGGCUUCGGACCCAUCAUCGGCGGCCCGUUGUCAGAAACCAUCGGCCGCUACGCCAUUUACGCCGCGAGCGUUCCUAUAGGCGCUGUGUUUACCAUCGGUGCUGGUUUCGUGCAUAAUAUAGGCGCGCUGUGCUUCUUACGCUUCAUGGCGGGUUUGUGCUGGGCGCCUGUCCUUGCUGUUGCGCCUGGGACUUUGUCUGAGACGUUUACGCCUAAGAAUAGAGGGCCUGUGUCGGCGGUGUUUAUACUCAUGCCCUUCUUGGGACCGGGGUUGGGGCCUGUGAUAGGAGCUUUCGUGGUGAACCGCAAAGGAUGGCGUUGGACACAGUGGACGUUGGUCUUCUUCUCUAUCCUCGCCAUGGCCGUCGCGGCUUUUGCGCAUGAGACGUUCCAUCCUGUCAUCAAGCGCAGACUCGCAAAGAAGAAGGGAUUGAAGAUCGACCCGCCACCACCGUUGGCUGCUCGGCUCAAGAUGUUUGCCCUCGUGGCUGUGGUGCGACCUAUUCGAAUGCUUCUCUUCGAACCCAUCACUGGCUUCAUCUGUUUAUACGUCGCAGCCGAGUUUGGAACGCUGUUCAGUUUCUUUGCUGCCGUGCCAUAUACCUUUGGAAGGGUAUACCAAUUCUCCAUUGAAGAAUCAGGGCUGGUGUUUCUCUCCAUCGUCAUAGGCUGUCUUCUCGGCCUCGUCACAGUCAUCCUCUGCGAUGUUCUUUUGUACCGCAAACAAGCGAGCAAGUAUCCUCCUCACCAGAUUCCACCGGAACAUCGUCUUUACCCAUCCUUGAUCGGAAGUAUCGGGUUACCCAUUGGACUCUUCUGGUUCGGUUGGACAGCCAGGCCUGGAGUGUCGUGGGCGAGUCCUGCGGCUGCUAUGAUCAUCUUUGCGUGGGGAAAUCUUCUGGCACGAUAUGGAUUUGCGGGCGUUUUUCCACUGUUUACCAUUCAGAUGUAUGAAAAGUUGGGAAUUGACUGGGCUAGCAGUCUUCUUGGAUUUGUUGCAUUAGUACUUUUGCCAGUUCCUUGGGUAUUGUUCAAGUAUGGUCCUACAAUUAGGGCGAAGAGCUCCUACGAGACGGUACAAUUUAGUUGA